AUGGCAUCAAAUAGCAUGAAAACGACAGCACUCCGUACUUUACGUACAAAAUUGACAUCAGCAACCAAACCUACAUUCUCACCCAUCCUCGCCAAAAACCGUGGUAUUACAGGCACAACCAGAAAAUCAACCUCUCUUGAUUCAACCACUUCCAGUCAACCCAGGACACCUUUCUUACCUCGAGAUUUCAAUGGCAGUUUUCCAGUCUCCUUUUCUAAACCCACAACCACAUCAUCCUUCAACACCCUUAUCAACUCCCUCACCACAUCUCUCACCACAACAUCCUCGCCUCAUCUUCCGACUCUCACUCACCUCCUUCACUCUUAUGAUUCCUCCUCUUUAUCCGACUGGCAAAAGUAUGCCCAUGCAAACCCAAAUAAACAAUACACAAGAAACCUGGUAGCAGAAGUGCCAGGAAUAUUCAAUUUAUUAAUGCUGGUUUGGACACCGGGGAAGGAAAGUAAAGUACACGAUCAUGCUGCUAGUCAUUGUUUGAUGAAGAUCAUGAAGGGGGAGUUGAAAGAGACGAGGUGGGUUACUCCUGAGGGAGGUGCAAGGAAGGCGGAGGAGAUGGAUAUCGAGGGUGUGAGAGAAUAUAGGAGGGGAAAGGUGGCGUAUAUGUGUGAUGAUCUGGGUCUUCAUUCCAUCACCAACCCUAGCGCAACAGAAUAUGCGAUCUCUUUGCACUUAUACACACCACCAAACGCCGCAAUGCACGGUUGCCACAUCUUUGAUCCAUUGACGGGUGUCAAAACUCAUGUAUCGCCUGGUGCUUAUGAUUCUGUCGGUGGUAUUGUUGAUCCAAGUGCUUGA